CGUAACAUUUUAUAUUUUAUGGAAAAAUUAAUUUACAAAAUUACUUUCCGUGUUUACGUCAAUAUUUGAGAUAUGUUUUUUAGAAUAAUGCAUUCCUCUAACAUUAGUGCUGUCCGACAAAAAAACAUGUUUUUGGUUUUUUUCUGUAUAUGUUAUCAUAAUUAAAAAAAGUUUGGUCAUUGAACGCAUUAUUUAUCCGUUUUCCUAAAUUAUUGAGACAGAUUAUUUCAAUAGCAAUUUGCAUGUAUGAUAUAAAAUGAAAAAAAAAAAUCAAUGCAUAGCUAAAUAUGUUACUGAGCAGAAUGAAAUAUGGAAUUGAAAUAAGUACAUAACAUUUUACAUAUUAUGCAACAAUUUAAUGAAAAAAUGACUUUCCGUGUUUACAUCAAUAUUUGGGAUGUUUUUUAGAAUAAUGCAUUCCUCUGACAUUAGUGCUAUCCAACAAAAACAUUUUUGUUUUGUAUAGGUUAUAAUAAUUAAAAAAACACCCCCCCCCCCGUUAACAGAACUAUGAUAACACUUUAGAAGCAGACUGUGUCAUUUUUCUUUAAUGGUUAAGAUAUUGUUAUUUGAUUGGAAGCACAUAAAAGAAAAAAAAAAAACCUUUUUGUGCGCACAAGAUGUGAUUUUCCGGCAAUUCCCGAAAUAUGCGAGCGAGAGCCGACGAGCCGUUUUUGGUGUCGUUGCGUGCGGGGGGGGGGGAGGCGCGGCAAAAGAUGAACGGCCCACUCAAAAGGAUGAAAGCGUCUGUGGGAGGGGGGGGGGGUUAGUAGCAAAACAAAAAAAUGUGAUAAGAUGCUCGUCCGUAAAGUGAGAAAACAACAUUUGCCGUGUCAGAUUUUCCCCUUUUUUUAAAUGUUGUUCUUAUGUAUUUUCCUCAGUAUUUGUGUGUGUAUUUGAUAUACUUCAAAACUUCAGCAAUUGCAGUAACUCCCAAGUACAAAGUACCAACGUUCCAUCCGCACGAGCUCAUGAGAUGUUACAAUACUUGACGAUUAAUGUUGCCCCCGAUUUCCAGGGCGUCACCCGGAUGGAACAAUUUCUGACGCAGACGCGGGAAAGUCACGUCUCGGCCGGCCCAGAAUUCAUAUUUCCAAUUUAGGAUGAGGUUGGCUGGCUAUCAAAUGGUCUGCGUGACUUGUUUCCCAUUUUGAAGGUGAAGCUGAUGGCUUGUACGCCGACGCGAGCACAAUGCAAACGUAACGACGUUAAAAGUUUGGUUUUUUUUUGACUUGCAGAAGACGAGCCGACGAGCCCCACCUGCGCCGACGACCCGUAUGUGUUGCAAAACCCCCGCCCCGACCGCACCCCGUGACGAUCCGGGGCCCCCGCCCGCCCGCCCUCCACCCCCAUUGUCCCCGCGGGCCUUUUUAAAGCGCCGCCUGUUCUCAAACCCGAGUCCGUCAUGCAGAACGUCCAAGCCGGAAUCCCUCCCGGCGUCUGCUGGGAAGUCUACCGCAGGACCCCGACCUACCUGGCCCGGGUGGCCGUCGUCCUCCAGGACGCCCCGGACAAAAUGCUCACCUUCAUGCAGUUGAUGGAGCGGCUGGACCCGCUGGUCACCGAGGACCGCAGGUCCGUCGAGAACAACAUCCGGGUCUGCUUGUCCACCCACGACUGCUUCAUCAAGGUUCGGUCCGGUCCCGGCGCCCUGGGCGGCAGGAGGAACUUCUGGAAGCUGGACCUGAGCCACGUCACGCCCAAAAUGGUGCGCCGCCACUUCCACGACAUCCUGGACUUCUUCCCCGAGCUGCGUGACCGGAGCCAGGGCGGCGGGGAGAAGGCGGCGCCCGCCGUCCACGUCCGCUGCAAGGUCAAGUUCAGCGGGCCCUUCUCCAUCGAGUCCCUGCUGAAAAGGGACAGCCCGGCCCCCGGCGGGACCGCCGAGCGGCGGGGCCGCAAGCGGAACCUCCCGUGGCGGUCGGAGGACGGCGGCCCCCCGAGCGCCCCCCCCGCCGCCCUGCCGUGGCCGGCGGGGGGCGCGGUCGGCGAGCGCUUUUGCGCCGCCGCCCCCCCUUUCCCCACCUACGCCGGCGAUCCGUUCCGACAAGCCUUCGUCCCGUACCGGACUCAUGUGUCCCACUUUUGUUUGUAAACAAAACAAACAAACAACAACAAAAACUAUAAUUGCACUUUUUUUUUUUUUUGCUUAUUUUUGACACAAGGACCCCCCCCCCCCCGGAGGCUGAUGGAUGCAGCAUGUGACUUGAGGUUUUUUUUUUUUUUUUUUAAGUCAUAAUUUUUUUUUCAUUUUCAGUAUUCAGCUAUUAAAUUCAAACGACGUGCUUUCUUGUCAUUUUCUGUCUUUACAUUUGGUUGCACACAAUAAAAUUUUGACGGUUCAACAAAUGAUUGCAUAUUAUUUCUGCCACGCUUCAGAUGUGCUUAAAGAUGAAAUACAGAUUUAAUUAUUAGGAUCAAUCCAUUAAAUUCUAGUCACUGGCCGGCCUCCGAAAGUCACAUUUCUUAACGCCUGCUGAAGUUGAAAAAAAAAACCAAAUAAAAAUCACCCUAUUUUGACAAACUAUUUGUCGUCAAAUGUCAGAUAUAAUAAACAUGCUAAGCCCCCCCCCCCCCCGCCCAAAUUGAAAGCAAUUCACCUUCGUCUUAGUUCUCCUCAAGCAGAGGGCGCACAAGUCCUAAAAUGGAGGUCAAGGGGCCAUUUUAGGAUGACCCCUGACCUCACAGGGCCGCUCCUCCCCCGCAUCGACGGCGGC